UACCUGUGUCUAUCUGAAGGAGGUAAACAAAGUUCACCCCCAACGACUGAUCACAUGUGAAUAUCCUGGUUAUCUCGACGGAAAGGGGAAUAAAAUUGAAAUUCGACAAAUACGAUAUGGAUCAUUGAGAAUAUAUGAAGUUAAGCCUAUAGGACCAUCUCGUUUGGGUCAAACAAUGGUACAGAAUUGUACGGAUCUGGAACCAAUUUCCAAAGUUUUAGACGGCAACAUGGACACAUUUUACCAUUCAAAGGAAAAUGACCAGGCCUCUUGGUUCCUUAAACUGGAUAAAAACUAUGUGAUGAAAUGGAUACUAUUAUCAAUCAGGGGAGGAUACUAUGAAUUACACAUUAAAGAUGGUGACGUAAGAACCAGUUCGUCUACACUGUGUCGGAAUUUCAGUUUUACCGGACCAAAUGAAUUAAAACAAAACAACAAAGCCUUGGAAUGUAACAGAGAAAUGACAGGGAAUUCAGUUGUAAUAAUAAGGACAGAUGGUGGACCAUUGAGGCUGUUUGAAGUGUACCCCAUCAUUUGUCCAGAAAAACAUUACGGACCAAACUGCGCAAAAUGCAGGAUGGAGUGUAUAUCCUGUAGUCCUAUCACUGGUGUAUGUUACCGAUGUAAUGACGGGUUCUAUGGUGAUUUCUGUCAACACACAUGUCUAGAAAAGUGUUUGAACUCGAUGUGUGACCAGAUGACAGGUGAAUGUAAAGGCUGGAAAACAGAACUUACUACACACAGCACCAUUUAUGUCAAAGAUGCACCUGUUACCAAGGAAAUGGGCAUCAUACAAGAUUGGAAAAGAGAAAGUGUUACACACAGCACCUUCUCUGACGACGAGACACCUAUCACUAAGAAAAUGGACGUCACACACGAAAUGUUCUCAGAAAGAACACCACAACAUUGUGAUCGUUCUUGCAUCGCCUGCAUUCCAGCGGUUCAAGUCUGCCUACUCUGUACCAUGCAUCAGCUGCUUUACAGAUGUAGGUAUGAAUGCAAUGCGCUUUGUUCCGGAGAAACUUGUCAUGAUCUAGAGGAAAACUGCACUAGGAACAUUGUGGAGAACGACUUCCUUGAUUGUAGUAAGAUUUGUACGAGGCUCACAAACUGUUUCCUCUAA